UUCCCCUCCUGCCCAGCCACCCCAGUGAGUCCACUCCACCGGAUCCCACUAGCUCUGCACGGCGAGGGCGAGAGCGAGAGCUCGAGAGAGCGACCAAGCUUCUCCGGUGAUACACAAGAGGCUCGCCAUGUCCUCGGGCUCCUCCGCGAUCGUGGCCGACACGGCGCGCGGGCACUACCACCUGAAGAUCGACGGCUACUCGGUCACCAAGUUCGCCCUCCCCAGGGAGCAGUGCCUCAGGUCUCAGCCAUUCUCCGUGGGAGGCCGCCUCUGGGUCAUCGAGUACUACCCCAACGGCGACCAGCUCGUGGGCGUGAGGUACAUUUCCCUCCACCUCGUCCUCGACGACGUCGUCGCCGGAGAAGUGCGUGCGCAAGUCCAGUUCGGCUUCAAGGCGGACGAGGAGGAGGAGAUGCGCGCGCACUCCUUUCUCAAGAGGCGGGGACGGAAGCCCGCGCCGCUGAAGCUCGGCAAGGUGGAGGCCCGCGGCGCUGGUGUCUGGGAAUGCCCCAAGUUCGUCAAGAAGAAGACCCUGGAGAAUUCGAAGCACCUCAAGGACGAUUCCUUCACCAUCAAGUGCGACAUCGUCGUCCUCAACGAGUUCCGCACCGAGGACGGGCCCGCUGCGCCAAGAUCCAUCGCUGCGCCCCCGUCCGACCUGGGCCGGCAGCUCGGCGACCUCCUCGCGGCCAAGAAGGGCGCCGACGUGGUCUUCGAGGUCGGCGGCGAGACGUUCGCGGCUCACCGGUGUCUGCUCGCGGCCCGGUCGCCGGUCUUGAGCGCGGAGCUCUUCGGCCCGAUGACGAUGAGGGAGAGCGGCGCCGCCGACCUGAUCCGUGUGGCCGACGUGGAGGCGCGGGUCUUCAGGGCGCUGCUCCGCUUCGUGUACACGGACUCAUGGCCGCCGGAGACAGCGGAAGAAGAGGAAUUCGCCAUGGCCCAGCAUCUGCUCAUGGCAGCGGACAAAUACCGCAUGGAGAGGCUCAAGCUGAUCUGCCAGGAGAAGCUGUGCAAGAACAUCGCGGCCGGCACGGCGGCGAGCAUACUGGCAUUGGCCGAGCUGCACCACUGCCAUGAGCUCAAAGGCGCAUGCUUCCAUUUCCUCAGCUCUCCGAGGAACCUGACGGCAGCCAUGGCCGCCGACGACUUCGAGAAUCUGCGCACAAGCUUCCCCUUUCUUGUCAAGGAGGUGAUUGCCAAGUGCUCGGUCGACGCCUAAGAUCAGUGAUGGUUGAUUGAUCGAUCCCCUCAUGUUCACUAAUUAUGCUUUGCUUGCUACCGGCAGUGCACGGAUGGUUAAUUAAUUAGUACUACUAGUGCCUAGGUAGCGCUGGGAACCAUUACACUACAACGUCUUUACUACUGUAAUAUGGUAUGCAUGCUAGUUCUCUUA